AUGGGGCCAACACAGGUUAGCGCAAGCUACAGCAAAUUCCAAACAAGUACGUUAAACCCAUCGGAACGUAUUAAUCCAUUUGAUAAAAAUAAGCAAGUGUCAGCAAUUGCAUCCGCCGUCGAAACAACGGCAUCGAAACCAAUAGAGAGUUCAGUGACUCCAUCGUCAUAUUCGAGCAGUGCAAGUGGCUCGACAUUGGAUGAUUUAACGAAAAGUCGUUUUGAUAAAUAUCAAGGAGUUCCAAGUCAGUCGGCAAGUCAUUAUGGAAUAACGACCACCAGCUCCGAUUUGUACUCAAGUGACAGUGUGAAAAGUACCACCUCGGUACUUGGCAGCAGCAUUAGCACCACAUCAUCAUCCUAUAUCACCGGAAGUGAUCUGACAAAAUCAGAAUAUAGCGUCACUUCAAGUGAUUGCAGCAAGAAGCAGCCAGACACAACGAAAUCGAAAACCGUUUCAUCUAGUCAACGCGCCAAUGCGGCAAAGUAUGCCUUCGAAACCUCAAAAUAUUCCACGGGUUCAAUGAGCGAUUCAGAGAUAAUUUUUGGAUCAAACGAUGUUCCCGAUUUGCUAUCAAAGCGUACGCAAUUUGGCAGCAAUAGCUCAAACACAGUCGAUGCAUCGAAUUCAAUUUAUGAAUCGGGUCGAAAUGUGUCAUCGUUUAAUCGCAGUUUGAGCGUUUCUUCGGACAACGCUGGCGAUUUUGCCAACGAUCCCCGGGUCAACACAUCCUAUCGGAUCUAUGAAGGCAUCAAUAAUGCAGCAUUCCAAGAUUAUGAUUCGCCAGUCAAAACAAGCACAUCGUCAACCUCUGACACCGCAAAUUUCUCAUCAUCAUACAUCAGCGGCAGCAAAUUGUUCGACGACGAUGACGACUACGAUUUGAAAUAA